AUGAUCAAAUUAAUUUUUAGAGAGACUUCACAGUCCUCGUGUGUGGUGUUUGGUGAUAGUGAAGAAGUAAGUACCGAUGGAGACGCGGCGGACGCAGGCGGGCUUCACGCGCGGCAUGUCGAGUCGCGCUGGGGCUGGCGGCUCACAGCCGGCGCAUGGCAGGGGCGGCGUCGUGGAGCGCUCGCCCUCGGGCUCACUCGUGACUCGGGUUCACUCGCGGAGCGGCUCACUCGCAGUGCGGCACGGACGAACGACCGAGCGCACCUCUCGCCAUCUGACGCGGGACUGAACGAAGCGGCGGGCGGCGGCCGCGCGCGCGCGCACCAGGUACUCGGUUAUGACAGGGAGGCGGGGCCGGCCCCGGCUCAUAAAUCAAACUUCGCCCAUUCGCACGCGUUCCGACCUCUCCCUCCUCUAUAUUCAAUAUUCAGGGCGGGGCAUAUUUCAUAA